AUGGACCUCGCCAACGUCGACGAGGGCCGCACCGCACUCCUCGGUGCAGAGGGCAGAACACGCGGCUGGGAACGGCGACCAGCUGCUCCACAGAGCACCUGGGCCCAGGUCAGCGGCAUUGUGCUCGAGAGCGCACCCACACUCCUGCUCACCAGCAUUGGCCUCCUCUUCACUGGAGAGCUACUAGACCAUGUGUCACGCUGGCGCGCCAUGCGCACGAUCGACGAGCUCAUCAUGAUCAUACCCGUCAUCCUCAACCUCAAGGGCAACCUCGAGAUGAACCUCUCCGCCCGCCUCGGUACCGCCGCCAAUACCGGCGUGCUCGACGACCCACACGUGCGCAAGCGCACGGUCCUCGGCAAUCUCACACUCUUGCAGGUGCAGGCGACCGUCGUCGCGUUCGUGGCUGCAUGUGUAUCUAUGCUGCUGGGGCUGUUUGUUCCAGCUGUAGCGAGUGCAUCUCCAACGGCAACGGCGGAAGCGGGAGCGGUUGCGGCAGGAGCUGUGCGAGGUCUGAUAUUCAAACGCAAGCCACGGCCAAAGCCGCCAAUUAUUGACGGGAGACCGAGGUCAGGGAUUGCAGAGUACGUCUCCCCUUCUCUAGUUCAUAAACACGUACAUAUACUCACCACCCCUAGAUUCAUCCUCGUCGCCUCGACAGCCAUGCUUUCUGCAUGCAUGUCCUCCCUCGUCCUCGGCACCUUCAUGUGCGGUCUCAUCCUCCUCUGCCGGCGCCUCGGCCGCGACCCGGACAACAUCGCUCCCCCAAUUGCCGCGUGCCUCGGCGACCUCGUCACGCUCGCCCUGCUCGGCCUUACAUCGUCCGUGCUCAUCACCUUCGUCAACACGUCCUUCCCGCUGUUGAUCGGCGUAUUGCUCACGGCCUCGGCGGCGUUAUGUGUGACGAUGGUGAGAAAGAACAGACAUGUGAGGAGCUUAUUGACGCAGGGUUGGGGCCCGCUGUUCGGUGCGAUGGUGAUCACGAGUGCGUCGGGGAUCGUGCUGGAUAUGUUCGCGCAGCGGUAUCAGGGAUUUCCAAUUCUUGCCAUCGUCAUCAGCGGCCUCCCAGGCAGCGUUGGCUCCAUCUUCGUCUCCCGCCUCUCCACAGCCCUCCACGCCUCUGCAGCCUCUGCAGCCCAUCCCCAUCCCUCCUCCGAGCCAUCCAAACCUGCCCCCGCCGCCCCAGCACCACGGCUUGUCGCGCUCACCCUACUUCUCGUCACCCUCCCCGUCGAGGUCCUCUUCCUCACGCUCCUCCGUGCCUUCGGGUGGCUCUCCCUCCCGCUCGUCUUCGCCGUCUUUGCCAUGCUCUUCUUCUGCACCGCCGUCUCCAUAUCCCUCCUGUUCGCGCGUCGGCUGACGGAGUGGCUGUGGGCGCGAGGAAGAGAUCCGGAUAUGGAUGCGAUGCCGCUGCAUAGCGCUGCGAUGGACCUCCUGGGGCAGUUGUUGCUUGUGCUUUGUUUUGAGCUGGUGGGGCUGCUGGGUGUUAAGAUGGAGCGGUAG